GUGGUCGGAUUCCUCAAGGAGAUGGCGAUGAAGGUGUAUGGGCUGCCAAUGUCAACCAACGUGGCACGCGUUCUGGUCUGUUUGGAGGAGGUCGGGGCCCAGUAUGAGGUUGUUCCCAUUAACUUUUCCAUUGGUGAGCACAAGAACAUGGAACACACUGCACGCAAUCCAUUUGGUCAAGUCCCGUCAUUUCAGGAUGGUGAUUUAAUUUUGUUUGAAUCACGUGCAAUAUCAAAGUACAUUCUUCGCAAGAACCAAUCUGAACUUGUGAAGGAAGGCGACCUUCCUGACUCGGCCAUGGUCGAUAUGUGGCUAGAUGUGGAAUCCCACCAAUUUGACAGGCCCAUGGCUGUGAUUAUCCACCAAUGCCUGAUAAUUCCCAUGUACCUCGGUGGAGAAAAUGAUGGCAAUGUUGUUGAAGAAAAUGUGGAGAAACUGAAGAAAACAUUUGAAGUGUACGAGGCUCGCUUAUCUAAGUUCAAGUACUUAGCUGGAGAUUUCAUCAGCCUGGCUGAUCUGAGCCAUUUUCCAACUGCAUAUUACUUGUUAGCCACCCCACAUGCCUCGCUGUUGGAUAACUACCCUCAUGUGAAGGUUUGGAUAGCUGACAUAUUGGCUAGGCCGACCGUCAAAAAGGUUGUGGAGAUGAUGAAGGCAACCGCUUAG